CAGAGACGUCGUGUCAAGUAGGUAGGCGGUGAUUGGAUUGGAAUUGGAAUGGAAUACGUCUAAGAACCUUCUGUUUGCAAGAAUUAUUUUAAAUCAAAAUAACAAAUCUUAAUAAAAUGUCACCAGCAGAGACUAUAGAAAGGUUUAAACUGUUAGGUUUAAGUGAUCAGAAGGCGAAAGAGACUCUAAAAAACAAUAAUGUCACCAAAUAUCUACUUGCCGCGUUAGAUGAGGUUGACGUGAAAUCAUUGCCAUCCGGUGCAGGCAUGCUGGUAUACCAUUUAGCUACUAAAAUUAAGCCUCAAAUUUUAAAUCAUCUACCUUUUGUAUGUAAAUAUAUAGCCAAUGGGAAGUUGGAUUCCACUCUCAGGGUUGAUGCGGCUUUGGAGUACUUAUUGAGUAAUGUGAAUGAAUUAAAUUUGAAUGCUAGUUCUUUUGAGAAGGCUUGUGGGGUUGGCGUGGUGGUGACCCCUGAGCAAGUAGAGCAGGCUGUAGAGAAGCACAUGGCUAAGUACAAGCAGGAGUUAUUAGAGAAGAGGUAUCGGUUCAAUGCUGGGAUUGUGAUGCAGGCUGUGCGAGCAGAAUUGCCAUGGGCUGAUGGAAAAGCUAUUAAAAAUGAAGUUGAUGUGCAGAUAUUGGAUCUCCUGGGUCCUAAAACAGAAGCAGACUUAGCACCUCCUCCCAAAACUGAGAAGAAGCCAAAAGUUGGUGAUACUGCUAAAAAAACUAAAAUAGAUGACAAAAAAUUUGUUUCUACAACGAAGACUGAUUCCUCAGAUGUUGGUGGUGCAUCAUCAAUUUCAGAAUUGAUGAAGAAACUACCAUUCCAUGCACCUGGAGAAAAUUAUAAAACUGAUGGCUAUGUAGUCACCCCUAAUACUAAACGUUUAAUUGAAGAACACUUAAAGAUUACUGGCGGUAAAGUCCGCACUAGGUUUCCUCCAGAACCUAACGGUAUUCUUCACAUUGGCCAUGCUAAAGCUAUAAAUAUAAAUUUUGGUUAUGCAGCAGCUCAUGAUGGAAUUUGUUUCUUAAGAUAUGAUGAUACUAACCCAGAAAAGGAAGAGGAAAAAUUCUUUAUUGGUAUUAAAGAUAUGGUAGAAUGGCUGGGAUACAAGCCAUACAAAAUAACUCAUUCAUCUGAUUAUUUUGAUCAACUCUAUGAAUGGGCUGUGCAGCUCAUCAGAAAGGACAUGGCUUAUGUGUGCCAUCAGAAAUCAGAGGAGAUUAAGGGAUUCAACCCACCACCUUCACCAUGGAGAAAUAGACCUGUUGAAGAGAGCUUGCAACUAUUUGAGGAUAUGAAAAAUGGCAAAAUAGACGAAGGCGAUGCUACUCUUCGAAUGAAGAUAACAUUAGAGGAGGGUAAACAAGACCCUGUGGCUUACCGUAUAAAGUUCAAACCUCACCAUCGCACGGGAAGCAAGUGGUGUAUCUACCCAACAUAUGACUACACCCAUUGUUUGUGUGACAGCAUUGAACACAUCACUCACUCAUUAUGUACUAAAGAGUUUCAAUCAAGAAGAUCAUCUUAUUACUGGCUUUGCAAUGCGCUGGAUAUUUACUGUCCAGUACAGUGGGAGUAUGGGCGACUGAACAUCAACUACACAGUUGUUUCUAAGAGGAAGAUCGCCAAGUUGAUAGACGAGAAUAUUGUCAAAGACUGGGACGACCCCCGGCUGUACACACUGACGGCGCUGCGGCGGCGGGGCGUGCCGGCGGCGGCGGUGAGCGCGUUCUGCGCCGCGCUGGGCGUCACGGGCGCGGCGGCCGCCGUCGACCCCUCCAUGCUGGACGCCGCCGUGCGCGACGUGCUUAACGCCACGGCGUCCAGGGUUAUGGUAGUCUUAGAGCCAUUGAAACUCACUAUUACCAAUCUAAGCGACAAACAAAUCGAAGUAACAGUUCCCGACUUUCCUAACGAGCCCGAGAAGGGAUUACAUAAAGUAAUCCUUAACAAAGUGGUGUAUAUUGAAGCUACCGAUUUCAAGGAGCAGCCAGAGAAAGGUUACAGAAGAUUGACGCCAAACCAGUCUGUUGGGUUGAGGCAUGCUGGAUAUGUAUUAAAAGUUUCAAAGGUUAUAAAGAACAGCUCUGGACAUGUGACCGAAGUGGAGUGCACUGCUGAACCAUCUGAGACAGCUGAGAAACCUAAGGCAUUCAUUCACUGGGUGUCUGAGCCUGUGUCGGUGGAAGUUCGUCUGUAUGAACCACUGUUCGAACACAAGAACCCUGAAGACCCCAACGAGGUCCCAGGCGGGUUCUUGUCGGAUUGUUGCAAGGACACAUUGAGGGUGGUGUACGCUUACGCAGACAAGUCUAUUGUCGGUGCCAAGGUGUACGACAAGUUCCAAUUUGAAAGGAUCGGCUUUUUCUCGGUCGAUCCCGAUACUACGCCCAAUAAAAUGGUCUUCAAUAGAACCGUCUCCCUGAAGGAAGAUACCGGCAAAUAAAGUGUGUAUUAUUUUUAUAUCAUUUUUAUAAUUGAUACUUUAUUUAUUAAUAAAUUAUCUUAAAUGUUUUUGAAUUACAA